AUGGAAGACCAUGACACUCUAGCCACAGAAGAUGCCGAGAAAUCCAAUGGGUGGAAAAAUGACUUCGUUACUGACAAAGAUGGGUGUCUCACAUUUGCAGCCGAUUCUCACCUUCGACCCAUAAAUUGGACCAGAAAGAAAAAACUUGUUCAUACGGCUCUCUUUGGCAUGACCACAUUUGCCGCCCAGCUCAAUUCCACUUCAAUAUCAACCGCUAUAAUACCUCAGCUUUUCAAGGAAGAAUUCGGAGCUUCCCGAGAAGUGACAUUACUAGCCACCACCUUCUAUAUUUUGGGCAUUGCAUUCGGCCCGAUGGUAUUUGCGCCGUUAUCCGAGGUCUACGGACGCAAAUUGGGCGUCUUGGUCCCCUUUUUUCUCUCUGGAGUGUUCACAUUUGUGGUUGCUUGCUGUUCUACGCUUCCAGCCAUUUUGGUUUUUCGGUUCAUUGCCGGUUUUUUUGCCGGUGCCCCAGUGGUGUCUAGCGGAGGAGUUCUUGCUGAUAUAUGGACCCCAGCAGAACGAGGAAUGGCGUUGGGGUUCUAUGCUUUUUUCGUGGCCAAUGGACCUUCUUUUGGACCCACUAUUAGCUCACUUUUGGUACAUGCUUCGGACAAAAUUGUGUCGUGGAGAAACCCUCAAUAUUUCUGUGGACUCUUCAACUUUUGUCUUUUUGCCCUUUGCGAGAUAGUGUGCUAUGAAACCUACGAGCCACUUCUUUUGGCUAAGGAAACAAAACGACUAAGACUGGAAACUCGCCAGUGGUACUUGCAUUGUGCCCACGACAAAUGGACUCUCACCAGUAGCGAAAUGUUUCAUGUUCAUUUGCUUCGACCAUUCAGGAUGCUUGUUUCGCCAGUGAUUUUUGUGGUAGCCAUCUUUGCCAGUUAUGUCUUUGGACUAUUCUACAUGCUUAUCACCGGCAUUGAUGUAGUGUUCUCCAUCACAAAAGGAUGGACUGGAACCAUUGCAACAUUACCCAACAUUUCCUUGUUUCUAGGAGUCUCUGCUGGAUUAGUUGUAAACAUAUUUUGGGGCAGAAUCUACGCUAAAAAGCUCAAGGCCAAUAAUGGGGUUCUAAUACCAGAACAGCGGUUUCCCAUUCUCAUGUAUGUCGCAUGGACUCUUCCCUUUGGAAUUUUCCUUUUUUCGUGGACAAGCUGGAAAAGUGUCCACUGGGUUGUUCCGUGUAUAGGAAUAUUGUUCGCUGGUUUGGGAGUUAUAGUGAUUUUCCAAGGCUGUCUAAAUUAUCUUGUGGAUACCAACCGUCAAUAUGCAGCCUCGGUAAUUGCUGCAAAUACAAUUCUCCGGUCCAUUUUGGCUGCGGUGUUCCCCCUAUUUUCCAGUCAGCUUUUCCACAACCUCGGGAUCCAUUGGGGUGGAAGUUUGAUUGGUUUUAUAGCACUAGCCAUGAUACCCAUUCCAUGGGUGUUUUACAAAUAUGGAGGAAAGCUUCGAGAAAAGUAUCCUCCUGGGUUCUGA